UGCUGGUCGCACAUUCAGUCGCAACCAGCCAUCAGAGUGAAACUGACCAUGUGCCUGCUGCGCCAUGUAAUGCUGAAAAAUGCUCAGGAGAGAAGAGCAUCUUUGAACCAGAUGUGAGGGUAACGAAACUAUCUGGAAGGCAGAUCAGAGGGAGCUUUAUGCCAUGGGUGUUUACUGCAAUGUGACCUCACUGGAGGCCCAGACACAGAUUAACACCACCAUCUACCAGCUGGUGAAGAUGGUCACCAUGUGUGUGAGCUGCACUUUGAACACCGUACUCAAUGUUCCUUUGCUCCUGGUCCUCAUGCGCUCCCCGUCCCUCCUCAGACACACUCGCUUCCUGCUUCUCACACACCUCCUCUUGUGUGACAACCUCCAGCAGCUCAUCUGGACAGCCAAAGUGGUUGUCCUAAAAUCCAGAGGGGGUAUACCUGUGACCCACUGUCUGAUCUUCUGUGCUGCUAACCAGGCCUGCUCACUGGUGGACCUCUUCCUUAGCACCGCUCUGUCCGUGGACCGAUUUGUAGCUGUCAAGUGGCCCCUGCGCUAUGAAUUCUUGAUGUGUCCUCAAAGGAAGAGGGCAACUAUUGCAGCCAUAUGGACCUUAUCAGCUGUGCUCAGCAGUGUGGCUCUGGGUAUCAGCCUCAACACCAUCCAGGUCAAUUUUACUAUUACCCGCUGUCGACCUCUUAUCAUUACACCCUGCCUGUCAGGGACAUCAGCUCUGGUCCUUUACUGCACCGUGGGAACUGCUGUUGUGGUGCUUCUCUGCGCUCUGACCAUCCUGGCGUGCUUCUGCCUGCUCUGCUGGGACAUGCGCAGGGGACUGCUCUGCACCAAGAGAGCUUGUGUGACCCUGACCCUCCAGGCGGCUCAGACCAUACUCUUCUCUGUUCCUUUGGUCAUGGACAGCUACCUGAUUCCUGGAUACCUGCACAGUGAUACUCUUGAUAUAGCAGCCACCAUCAUCUUCAGUCUGGGGGUGUCACUCAUCCCUCUGGUUUAUGGCUAUCGCUCGCGGGAGCUGCAGCAAAGGAUACAACAGGCUGCGCACAGGAACAAAGUCCAGGACCAAAAUUAGGUUACAGUCUUGGAAAUAGGGGCUCCAAAUGGGUUCCUACUGAAAGGCUGAGGUUGUACCCAGAAACAUUUGCUGAUAAAGACCCCUCUUUUUUGAGGAAAGGGUUCCACAAGGGUUCUUUGUAAGACUGAGGGUUCCAUUUUCAUCCAAAGGGCCCUUUUUGGGAGAAAGUUCUUCAAGUAUUGUUGAAAGAACGGGCAUUACAAGAUCUACACCCUCAAAUAAUCAAAUGUUUUAAUUGUAUCUGGAAACCCCUUAGUCCAUUCAUUUUACUGUAUGUGUUCAUUUCAUGACAUACAAUACCAUGUUGUCCACCUUUUUUUUCGACAGUUACCCAUCACUUGGCAUUUUGUAUCUGGUUCUAAUUUGGAGCUGAGUUUCGGGCCCCAACUCCUCUGCACUA